UAGCAGGUAUGGUGAGGAGAGCAAGAAGAGAAGACACGAGAGAUCCAUCGAGAUGGCGCCGAGAAAGCUCGUGUCUUGACGUCAGCUCAUUAGGUCAAGGUCAGUACUCAAUAUAGUGAGCCUGAGAGCUAGCGGGAGAGCCAGAGCCACGGAAGUACUUGGUAGGUAGCUAAGGUGAGCAGAGCAAGAAGAGAAGAGAAGAGACGAGAGAUCCGUCGAGAUGGCGCCGAUUAAGCUGUACGGGAUGGCCCUCUCGUCGAACGUGGUACGCGUAGCGGCGGUGCUGAACGAGAAGGGCCUCGACUUCGAGAUCGUCGAUGUCGACCUCCGCACCGGCGCCCACAAGCACCCUGAAUUCCUCGCGCUCAACCCUUUCGGCCAGAUCCCCGCGCUGCAGGACGGAGACGAAGUUCUGUACGAGUCCCGCGCCAUCAACCGGUACAUCGCGACCAAGUACAAGUCACAGGGCCCGGACCUCGUCCCGACGCCGUCGGCGAAGCUGGAGACGUGGCUGGAGGUGGAGUCGCACCACUUCUACCCGGCCGUGUCGCCGCUGGUGUUCGAGCUCCUCAUCAAGCCCAUGCUCGGCGGCGCGCCCGACGCCGCCGUGGUCGACAAGCACGCCGCCGACCUCGCCAAGGUGCUCGACGUCUACGAGGCGCACCUCGCCAAGGGCAACAAGUACCUCGCCGGCGACGCGUACACGCUCGCCGACGCCAACCACCUGAGCUACAUGUUCAUGCUGAGCAAGACCUCCAAGGCGGAGCUCGUGGCGUCCAGGCCCCACGUCAAGGCGUGGUGGGACGACAUCUCCGCCCGCCCCGCGUGGCUCAAGACCGUCGCCUCCGUCCCCCUCCCGCCCGGCGCUUAAGUGCCGGUGCCGGCGCGCGGUGUCGUGCCGUCCGUUGCUUCGGUGUGAUCAAUGUGGGGUUUGCUUGUUUAGCCGCGAGAGUUGAAUAAAUCGAGAUUUUAGUUUAUCAGUACUCUGCACGAAAUAAACAAUCGGUUAUUGUCAGUGAA